GCAAUCUCUCCAGCCUGCUUGAGUCAGUUUUGAGACACAGUCUCACUUUCUAACCCUGUUUGGCCUGGAACUCAUUAUGUAGUAGAUAGGCUAGCUUUAGAACUUGUAGAGAUCCACCUGCUUCUGCCUCACACCUGGCUAAAAAGAGAUGUUUAUUGUGGACUUAGCUCAUAUAUUACUAGAAAGAAAGGACUUUGGGAAUGUAUGGUCUUGUGAGGGAGAGCCACACUUAAGAAUUGAUAGAAAGCCGAGUUCUGGCCACAUCACUGGGUGAGGUUUCAGCAGGGGUGGCAGGCAGCUGUGUCUAGCAGAGCAGGUACAUCGGUACUUUGAUGGGUCUCAGAGCUCAGCUGUUAAGAUACAGGGACGGAAGUUGGCCAGGCCUGGGAGAAGAGAAGACUCAUCAUGUACUCUGAAAGAAGUGACGUAACUCGAUCACUCUGAAGACUGUAAGUCAUUUCUCUUGCAAGGUGAUAUCCCAUUCGCAGUGUACAGAAAUGACAGAGGUGAACCUCCUUUUCGGUUUCCUUCUAAAGUGACUUGGGGAUUACCUUAUAAUGUCUGUAUCAUGGAAUAAGUAUGAGGAACACCACAAUUAUGGCUAUACUGUCAAAGAAGUAUGCAUUUACCGUGUUAUCAGUAUCAUGCUUUCUGUUGUACACAUGUGUGGGAUAUUUCAGAAUGCAGUGACCUAUGAUGAUGUGCAUGUUGACUUCACUUGGGAAGAGUGGAUUUUGCUGGAUCCUUUCCAGAAGAAUCUCUACAAAGAUGUGAUGCUGGAGACCUACAGGAACCUCACUGCCAUAGGAUACAGUUGGGAUGGCCAUAAUAUUGAGGAACAUUGUCAAAGUUCUCAAAGACAUGGAAGGCUUGAAAGAAGUCAUACUGGAGAGAAACCUUCUGUAUAUACUCAAUGUGUUAAAGCCUUUGCAUAUGACAGUCAUCUUCAAAGGCAUGAAAGAACACAUGCUGGAGAGAAACCCUAUAAAUCUAGCCAGUGUGGCAAAGCCUUUGCACAUGAUAGAAAUCUUCAAAUGCAUAAAAGAACACAUACUGCAGAGAAACGCUAUCAAUGUAAUCAAUGUGGUAAAGCCUUUGCACGUCAUAGUAAUCUUCGAACACAUACAAGAACACAUACUGGAGAGAAACCCUAUGAAUGUAAUCAAUGUGGUAAAGCCUUUACACAUCAUAGAAAUCUUCAAAUACAUAAAAGAACACAUACUGGAGAGAAACCCUAUGAAUGCAAUCACUGUGGUAAAGCAUUUGCACGUCAUGGUAAUCUUCAUGCACAUAAAAGAACACAUACUGGAGAGAAACCCUACGAAUGCAAUCAAUGUGGUAAGGCCUUUUCUCACCCCAGUCAUCUUCAAACACAUAAAAGAACACAUACUGGAGAGAAACCCUACGAAUGCAAUCAAUGUGGUAAGGCCUUUGCACAACAAAUUACUCUUCAAAUACAUAAAAGAACACAUACUGGAGAGAAGCCCUAUGAAUGCAAUCACUGUGGUAAAGCCUUUGCAGACCAUAGCCAUCUCCGAACACAUAGAAGAACACAUACUGGAGAGAAACCAUACAAAUGUAAUCAGUGUAGUAAAGCCUUUUCAUGUCAUAGGUAUCUUAAAAAGCAUAAAAGAAGACAUGCUGGAGACACACUAUGAAUGUAAUCAAUGUGGUAAAGCCUUUGUACAACAGAGUCAUCCCUAAACAAAUACAACAGCAUACUGGAGAGAAACCCUAUGAUUGUACACAAUGUGGUAAAUAAAGCCUUUGAACAUCCCAGCAA